UCCGGUAAUGUUUAAAAUUGAUUGUUGUUAUUUCCCUAUCUUGAUUGUUAUAGAAUAUAGAGUAUAGUAUAGAGUUUAUCUAGACUCGAGACUGGAUCUAUAUAGAUUAGAGUCUAGCUUUAAUAAGGUUUUAAAAGAUCUUUGAGCUCUCACAAUGUCUAAAAGAGAAAGUGAAUCUGACUAUGAUGGUCCUGCUGCCAAGAUGAGCAGGGGAGAUGACCAAGAUGACGGUGGAGCCUCUGGAAGAUCUGGAAGGGUGAGAAAAAAAUCUGCAAAGGUUCUUGAAAUGGAAGAAUUUGAACAAGUGGAAAAAACUCAACAAACCACAAAGAAAACCAAGACACCAAAACCGGCCAAUUUAGAGGAAGCUGACGGGUCAGAUAAAGUCAAGUCAGGAAAAAAAGCAAAAUUAAUCAAAACAGCUGAUAUUGAGUACACACCAGUCACAAGUAAAAAAAACAAAUCCAGCUCACAGCUUUCCAAAGCUUUACAGUUGGCUCCACUACCAGUUGCCAGUUCAAAACAAGAGUCUCAUCACAGUACUGACCAGCACAAAACAAUCAAAACAGACUUAGGUAGUCCUAAGCAAACGACUGGUGUGAGCCCACAGGACCAGAAGAGUGUCAUCAAAUACCUGCUUAGCUCUCCAUCUUCAGCUAAGGCAACUCCUGCUGCCACUAAGAUAUCUUCGAAUGCCACUAGCAACAUGUCUGACACUUCACCCUCUGAGCUUACCCCUAAAAAACCUAAAAAAACUAAAAAACCCAAGGCAGACAAAGGCACUGUGAAGGUGAAAGUAAAAAAAGAAAAAUCAAACCCUGGGCCCACGAUGGAAGAGCCUCCUCAGGGUCUAAAGAUGAAAAUAUUUGCCAGCAGUGACCCAAACAGUGCCCAGGUCACACUUUCAACGCAGCCCAAACCCAAGAAGUCCAAGAAGCACAAGCAGCAGUCUCCAACUGUCACAGAUCUAGCACAGACACCUAAUUCAGAUAGUUCCCCUCCUAGUGUCACAACAAAAAAAUCAUCAAAGAAAAAUCUAACAAAAAAAGAGCGACUCAUACAGGAAGCUAUAUCUGCAGCUAAACAAAUGCCAAACUUGGCAACAAUGGUGACAUCACAGCAAAGUUUUUCAGCUAGCUCUGUGGCACAACCAGCUGUUUUUCCAACCAAAGUCAAGAAGAAAAAAAUCAAGUCCAAACCUGUUAUGUUGGAAAUAGAUUCUCCAACAGAUGAGCUUGACCAUUCAGAGUUAAUGGAUGACGAGGAUGAUGAUGAUGAUGAUGACGAUGAGAUGAAUUUGGUCAUCUCUGAAAACGAGGGCAAGAAGAAGAAAACUCACACCAAAAAAAAAGCUUCCAAAGAGAAAACUGAAUCCCUGUCCCCCAAGCGAGACAAAAAUGAUGACAAAAUGUCCAAGAGAGCGCCAACUGCAUAUAUGUUGUUUUGCAACACUCACCGACCAACUAUUGUGGAUGAAAAUCCUGGGAUAGAAUUUGCAGCCAUCAGUCGUAAACUUGGGGAGAUGUGGCAGAUGUUAUCAAAUAAACAAAAACUGCAAUGGAGGAGAAAAGCUCAAAGGAGACGCAAAAAGUCUAAUUUAAUAUCUACUGGGAAAAUAGGGAAGGAAUCUUACAGCCUACCUCAAAUUUCAUUUGGUGCUGCCACUUCUACUCCAGUCAACAAGAUAUCCACACUUAUACACAAAGCACAGAGGCUGAGUCCAGAAGAAGUUCCUUUAAGUCCAACAAAAGCUGGAGAUCAGAAUUUAAGUAUCGAGCCUAUAGAUGUGGCAGCUCAUCUGAAACUGUUGGGUGAAUCACUUAGUAUUAUUGGAAUGAGGCUUCAAGAGCAUAAGGGUAUGAUAGCAGUUCAAGGGAGCUUAUCUGUUUUAUUGGAUUCCCUUAUCUGUGCAUGUGGACCUCUUUUGUGUCUGACCCAACAAGUACCUGGAAUGGAUGGUUGCUCACCUGCAGUACACAGUCAAACACUGGACAGUGUGGCUUAUGUUAUGCCAGGGCUCUAGUGUGGAUAAACAAAGAUGGUAAUGGUGAGCAUCUGUUGUGUAAUAUAGUUUGUUUCUGUGGAUGGUGGCCAUCACUUUUUUUGCAAUAAGUUGCUUUGUUUUUCAUGCAUCCUAUGUUGAGAAGUGUCUUUUUUUUUUUAAUACAAUUUAUGCCUAAUUGUAUUUAUUAAAGCAUACACAUUACAAUUUAAGAAAACUUG